AUGGCUGAAAAUUCACUCAUUGUUGCUGUCAAACCAAAGGCACCAAGUGGACUCGAUAUUGACGAUGAUGAGGAAGAUUUGAAAUUUCAGCUUCCACAGUCAACAAGUCGAUGGAAAAAGAAGCUUUACUCGUUUUUACUAAAUAGAUUGAAGCUUCCUGAUAUCCUUUUGAUGGCAAUUUUUUCUCUAAGUCUUAAGGCAUGGAUUCUUGUUAUCUUAUGGUUUAUACUGGCACAUGUUGCCCAUAAAUGGGAUCUUGGACCAUUAUAUAUACUUGGAACUGGUUUUUGUACAAUUUUCCUGAACCUUGGACGGCGGCAACCUGGUGAUGUUAGUGCAUAUUCCAUCUUCAAUGAAGAUUUUAGAGAGCUUCCUAGGACCCUCAAUGCAGAUUCCAUUGAUAAAGAUAUAAGGACAGGUCAGUUUUGA